UAGAAAUUUAAGGAGUUUAACCAGUCUCUGGCAGUCUGGUCCUUCUGGGACUCCUCCUUCAUGAUCGACCCCCUCCUCCCCUUCCCUGCACACCUCCUGUUCCCCCCUCCCUUCCGCCGCUGCUCCUCUCGCUGCUCCCUGCACUAUCGCAGUCCACGGCGAUGAGCCGUUAACGGCAGAGCCGCUCCGCGCUCUUUUCUUCUUCCAUCAUCCCCCUUUUUCCCCCUGAGCUGCGCCUCUAUCCGCCGCUGCAGCAUCCGCAUCACUAACAUGGAGAUACAAAGCGAUUGUUCGUCCAUCUAGACAGGAAGUCACACCUCACAGUCAAGACGGGGGCCACAAUGAGUGAGGAGCCACCGGUCACCCCCAGCUGGCUGAGCCCUGAACCAACAGCGUGGGCAAGUGGAGGCGGGGGAUCGAUGGAUAACAGCACCAGCCUGGGGACGUUUCCAUCGGAAGGCUCCAUCCCACCCAGCCAGCUGCCACUGCUGGUCAACCCCUGGGACAUUGUGCUGUGUACAUCGGGGACUCUGAUAGCAUGCGAGAACGCCCUGGUGGUGCUGGUGAUCUGGCAGAACCCAGCGCUCAGAGCUCCCAUGUUCCUAUUGAUCGGCAGCCUGGCUCUGGCGGAUCUGCUGGCCGGCCUGGGCCUUGUACUUCACUUCACCUGUGCCUACUUGCUUCGCUCUGACUCGGCCCAGUUGCUGACCGUGGGCUUGGUGGUGGCCUCCUUCUCCGCCUCUGUCUUCAGCUUGUUGGCUAUCACAAUAGAUCGCUACCUGUCGCUGUACUAUGCCCUCACAUACAACUCUGAGCGGACAGCGGCUUUCACCUACACCAUGUUAGUGCUCCUGUGGGGCCUUUCCUUGUGUCUCGGGCUGCUGCCGGUUACAGGGGUCAACUGCCUGGCAGAGGAGGCUACAUGCAGCGUGGUGCGGCCACUGACAAAGAAUAACAUCGCUGUGCUGUCCGUCUCCUUCCUGCUGCUCUUUGGCCUGAUGCUGCAACUCUACGUACAAAUUUGCAAGAUUGUGAUGCGCCACGCUCAUCAGAUCGCCCUCCAGCACCACUUCCUGGCUGCCACACCCCACUACGUCACAACGCGGAAGGGCGUGUCAACCCUGGCCAUCAUUCUGGGUACCUUUGCGGCCUGCUGGAUGCCAUUUACUGUCUACUCCCUUAUCGCAGACUACACCUACCCUCCACUCUACACCUACGCCACACUGGUGCCUGCCACCUACAACUCUGUCAUCAACCCUGUCAUCUACGCCUUCAGGAACCAAGAAAUCCAGAAAGCCCUGUGGUUGGUUUGCUGCGGCUGCGUGCCUGCAAGUGUGGCCCAGCGUGCACGCACACCUAGUGACGUCUGACCGAGCAGACCCAGGUGGGAAAAGAGAGGCGACCUGGGUCAGCUGUGCUCCUCGCUGGAUAUGUCCAGUCCUAAAGGGAGCAGCAGUACGGGAGGUCAGGAGGAAGUGGCAUCAGGUUGUGGCUUCAGCUCCGGCUGGAGGCAGUUUAGUCAUUUGCAGUCCACAGGGGAUGGAUGGCAUAUUUUAUUUUCUCACACUAAUCAUAGGGCAAAGGUAUCUCACUGUCUUCCCCAGCAGAUGCCACUUGGAGGGCUGUAACCCGCCCCUCCUGCUUAACUUGUGCCACGCCCUUUCUCAUUUCUACAGCGAGAGCCAAGUGCAUCACAUGUUACAGACAGCUGUAUGUGCAUACACUUAACAGCACUGUAGCUUUGGUUGACACGUGCUUGUUUUUCUUCAGAUAGAGGGAGGAAUUAUUCGUUUGCGCGUGCGUGCGUAAUAACACACACUGUGCAUCCGUGUUGAGCGGUGAUGGGAGGAGAGGAGGACUGAAUACGCAGGCUUUUCCACAGUGAAGCCCGUCUGGAGCAGCAUCACGGCGUUCCGCUGCUGCACUCUGAACGUGCGACGAAAGCUAAACAGCCGCGGAGAGCUAAAAAUAGAUCCGCUCUCUGCUCUGAUCCGCGCUCAACAGACUCCGAGGAAGAAAUCAAGCCGCUCCUUCUCCUCGCCUCUCCCAUUUUAUAUACUUCUUUUCGCUAUGGAUUACGCGUAAAUGCGUUAUAGUUUAGGAGGCUCAAGACAAAGUCCCAACAGACCACCCCACCCCCCUUCCAUUAACCUCUUCCUGUAUUUUUAUUGGUAUGAACAUCUAAGUUCAGAUGAAUUUAAAUUUACCCAAAGAGCCAACAUAUAUGUAAAUUUUGUCUGGAAAUCCCAAUUAUCUUUACAUGUAUGGCUUCCAAAACCUUCAUAAACACGCUAAUAAUAGAUCUAAAUAGACUACUACUUCAAUGUAAUUUGCAUGCAACAAGCACAGAUCCACAUUUUCCUCGCUGAGUUUAGUGUGGUAGGUCACAUAAACCACUGCAGGCAAUCCACCAGGUAUUCCUGAUGUCAUCAUGACCUUAAUAAUGUGUUUAUGUACAAAGUACCACUGUGUACCUCACAUGUACAACAUUAAAAGAGCUACAAUUAUCACUGCAAGGUCACAAGAGCUGCAUUUUGUUAGAAAAAUCUAGAUUUUUUUAGUAUGGUAUGUGCUGUAUUGUGAAGAUAGGUUUCAAGUUAUAGUUUUGCUUUGAUCUUGCUCGAGUCCCAUAGUUUAUAAGCUGCUCUGAGUUAAUCUUUUUCUCUCAAAAACAUGGAAGUUGUAUCUCUCUCCUUAAGCUCAUCUCAGCAAUAACUAGCCUAUUAAUGGUAGUUAUUUUUUAGAUGUGAAGCAAUACUCAGACAGCAAUAACAUCCACGUCCCACCUUGACUUCUUCCUUCUGAGUGAAGUACUACUCAGUCAGUGAGCCACGAGUGAUGCUCCAGUGAUAGAUGCUCAAACAAGUGGUGGGAUCAUCACUCUUGGACGAGAUCAAACGACCCAUUCAUCAUGGUGACAUCACUGCCUCAUUCCGCCACAACCCCAAUUCGGGUUUUGAUCAUUUGUCACAUCAGGAUGAAAUUGUGAACUUUUUUCCAUUGCCUUUUUUCCUUUUUGCAAGCAUACAGACCACCCUGAGUCUUGUAAACUCAAACAACACCUGCGUGAUUUGGAACGGUUUUCAUGCAUCUGGUGUGAGUUGCAUGGCCUCUGGGUGUGUGCAUGUGUGUUGUUUAUAAACCAGCAGCUCAGCAGACCAUAAUCUAUCUCCUUGUGUUUGUCACGUCCUGUUGACACCCUGACCUUAGAGGAUAACAAUGUCAGUCUUCCUGUCAAUUUUGAGAGAAGUGGCCUCGUAACGUGUUUGUAGACCUCCUCGAAGGGAGAUGGGACUACGAGGUCCAGCACUUCAAGCCAAAGUGAAAGGGACUCUGAAUGAACUGCGAUCCUAGUCCUGCUGUUUUUUUUUGUCUCCUGUAUCACUUAUACUCUACUUUCAAUCAAUCUAGUUGAAGCAGGUGUCCGUUAAGUGACCUCUGAAUGAUCUUAUGAGCUAAAAACGGCUACUUCCAAAUACAAAGAUAAUGCUGAUUCUUUCUUUCUCUGCUGCCCCCCAUUUCAGCAAAACCUGAUUGACUGAAUUGUGGACUCCAUGUUUUUUUUUUUGGCUUAAUAUCAGGAGCAAAACCUUUUUCUUAAAUAAAGGGGGAGGGUAAGGGAAGUUAAAAUACAGCAUUUCUAAGCAUGGAAAUGUAGCUUGUGUGUGUUAACUUGUGCACAGUGUCAGGCUGAACCGUGUGCUAUUUGAUGAGCACCGAAGGAUCAGACUGGCACAUCACAAACCAUCACAAACUGUUAUUACUUUACCUUUGAAGAAAAGUCUAUUUUGUUAUAUUCAUUGAAAAAAAAAUUCUAUUUUUUUUCCACUGACCUGACUUAUUUGUCUUCUUUCAGAUUCUGAUGUUGUAUGAAAUAACUGCGCUGUAAAGCCUUUAUCUGAAUGUAGUAUUUAUCUAAAAUCCUACCCUCUUUACACAUUUGUUUCUGUAAAUUAGGCAUGCUGAUGAGGGGAGACUUUAUACCACCCUGCAUGGUGCUACCAAAGCCGGUCAAUCUGGAGGAUGAGUUGGGUGGCACCAGUUAUUGUGAAUGGCAUUUCUCCACCUUUGCUGGUAAUGUAAACAGUGUUCUGUAAGAUUUCACUUCCCUCGCUUUAAUAUGCAGCAGUGAAUGAAAAGAUAUUUUGGCUGAGCAGAUGUUAGAGGAAAAUCAACACAAAGUUCUCAGAUUGGUGAAUGUGAGUCACUUGUGCAGCCAACAGUAUUGUUGAGAUUAUCAUUGCCGAACAAGUAUGAACAAGGGCUUUGUAUCCAAGAAAGGGGGAAAGACUGUGAUGUUGGAUGUAACUUAUCUGUAAAAACACCUGUUAAUCUACUAGAUGGUUUCACACUGUAAUGGUACACCAAGAUGUGUGCAAAGCAAUUGAUUUUUUUUUUCUUUUUGAAGAAAUGGUACCAGUGGUGAGCUGUUAAACCAGAAGGAGACUUGUCUUUUUGGUUAUUACCAAUUUAGAGCUAAAUAACAAAACACUCAAGGGCCUGUGAAUGUGUGAGUGUAUGUGCUUUGGGGUUGGAGAUGGGGCGGUGCCACAGUAACAGCAUCUCGUGUAGACGUACGCGUAGUUUUCAAUGUAAAAUGCACUUUAUUUUUUGGAUGAAAAUGGCACAACAAAUUAAGUAUCUGCAAAAUGAAACAUAUAAAUGAUAAUCAACAUGCACUAACUUAACUGAGAUAUUGUAAAAACAUUUGUGUGAAUG